AUGUGGAAUAUAUUUUCGAAUGAGGAUCUGUCUCUACAUGUGGAAUCUGAAAAUAUUGAAAAUAAUCCAUCGAAAGAAAAAGGGGUAGAAAGUGAAAACAAACAAAACAUUUUGACAAAAGCAGACACAUAUAGAUCUUGUAUAUAUGAUAAUAAUAUAAAAGAGAUAAGACGGAAUAUUCGAAAAAAAUAUAGAAUAGUUCAAACUCAGUUGUUAAAGUUGGCAAAAAUUGCUAAACAAUUUCCAGAAAUUGAAGAUGAAGAAAAUGUUGAUGAGUCUAAUAACAAUGCGAAAAAUCUAGGAAAAAAUAAUGAAGAAGACAAUGCAACAAAAAGAGAAGACGAUACUAAUAAUCCAGAUCUUGAAAACCCAAAUACCAAUUUGGAGAAAAAUAAAUCAAACGAACUUAAUGAAACAAAUAAUGAAGAUAAUAAAACCAUUAUGGUUAGUAUUGAAUUAAUAAAAAGAAUGCAAAAAAUUACUAAAAAAAUAGAUAUAGAAAAAUUGUCAUCGAAAAAAAAAAAAAAAAAAAUAUAUAUUUAUAAAGAUGAGGAUGAAACAUUUAAGAAUAAUUUGUUAAAAAGUAAUUUAUCAACAAAUUAUUUCAAUACUCCAUCAAAAAACAUUGAUAUUGAAAAAAGUAAUAAAAAAAUAAUGAGAAGAAGAUCAAAACGAUUGGAUUUUUUGAAAAAUGGAAGUAGUCAUUUCAAAAGUGGAAAUGUACGCAAUGUUUAUGACCAUGCAAGGUUAUUAUAUAAAAAUGAUACAAAAAAUUAUAAUACUAAUUAUUAUUAUAAUUAUAUGAGCCCUUAUGAUCGAUUAAAGAAAACAAAAACUAGUAUAUACAACGACACAGAUAAUGUACAACUAACAGACUUUUAUGUCACCUCAACAUCUAAUACAACUUUUAACAGAUUAAAUACUAUGAAAAAAAAUCCUAAAAUAAAUCAUUUAAAUACUAUAAUUCAUAAUGAUGAAAUAAAUUAUAAUAGGAUAAUGAGCAAUGAUUAUGGUCGAGGGUACAGUAAUGAUACAAGCAUGAUGUAUGGUGGACUUCCCAAUACAGGUAGUUUUAUACAAAGAAAAGGAAAUGAUAAAAUGCCAUACGGUAUUUUUGAAAAAAAAUUGAAAAAUAACUACAAAAUAGGAUUGUAUAAAUACAAUUUUAAUAACACAAUGACAAAUUAUUUCCCUCAAUAUAUGGGAAGUAUGGAAGACAAUUUAUAUCAUCUAUCCUCCCAAAUGAUAUCGAUUGAUAAAAAAUUAAAAAGAAAAAAAAAACAUAAUUUUUUUAAUAAAAAAAAAGUAAAUAAAUUUAUAAAGGAUGAAAAAAUAAGGGAUUUAUUAAGAACAGCUCAAAAUGAAGAAGAACUACUUGAAGCUAUCACUUCUGCAGAGAAUGCAGGAUUGCAUUUCGAAGUUAAAUUAGGUAAUAAGAAGUUGAGUAAAUUAAAAGUUGAAGCCUAA